CGGUGCAGCCCCCACUAAGCCGGGCUCUGACCCCCCCCCCCAGCAGGCGCUGGGGCUCCAUGGCCGAGCCCGGUGCCCGCAGGCUGUCGGCAGCCCCGGAUGAGCGGCACGGCUUCCUGGAGAGCUUCGCCAUGCUGCUGCUGCGGCUGCGGCCGGACAAGUGGAGCAAGUUUGAGGGCAGCGAGGAUGCCAGGGCCGUGCUGGACGAGUUCUUCAGGCAGCCGGACGUGCUGGAGCUGCUGCUGUCGCUGAACCCCGCCGGGCAGCUCCAGCCCUCCACCUGCUUCCUGCCCACCCUCAAGGGCAAGGGCAUUUACUUCGUGAAGAGGAAGAAGGAGAACAUCACCCGGGAGAACUGCCGGGCUGCGCUGCUGGUGGGAGACAUCAGCUCCUGGCCGGUGGAGCAGCUCAUCGUGGUGGUGGAGGAGGUCUUGUCCUCUCUGCUCCUGAGCAAGGAGAAUGUGUUGGGCUGGCCCCGGGUGGUGGUGGAGGACGUGGUGCGACAAGCCCGCAGGCUGAGGAACGAGAUGUUCGUGAUGGGGGGCAAGAUCCAGGGGAAGCCGCUGCUGCCGCUGCCGGAGCACCUGGACAGCCGGGACGGCUCCAGCACCGUCCUGGACUGCCUGGCGGGGCCGGUGGAGGGGUCUGUGCUGCACUCCAUCGAGACCAUCGUCAUCGACUGGUCCCACCAGAUCAGGGACAUCCUGAGCAAGGACUCGGCGCAGCUGCUGCUGGAGGGGCUGCACCCCUUGCCCAGGACAGAGUUUGACUUCUGGCGCACCAGGACGAGCAACCUGCAGUGCAUCAACGAGCAGCUCCUCUCGCCACGGGUGAGCGCCCUGGCCGAGAUCCUGGAGAAGGCCGACAGCUGCUACUGGCCGGCGCUGCAGGCCAUGUUCCGGGACGUCAGUGCGGGCUUGCAGGAAGCCGACAACAUCAGCCUCUACCUGCAGCCACUGCAGACCCUGCUGGAAGAGAUGGAGCAAGCGGAGUACGCCCAGCUCCAGUCCUACAUCGACAGGGUCCUGUACACCGUCUGCCUCACCUGGGUGCACUCGGAGCACUACAACACUCCCUCCCGGGUCAUCGUCAUCCUGCAGGAGAUCUGCAACCUCCUCAUUGAGAUGACCCGAAACUUCCUGAGCCCUGAGGAGGUGAUGAAGGGGCUGCAAGGAGAGCUUGAAGAGACCUUGGGAGGGAUCAAACUGAGCAUUGCCACCAUCGAGAAGCUCUUCCAGUCCUACAGCAGCUGCUGCUCUGACCUGCUGCCCACCCUGUUCACGGACAAGGAGCCCCGGCUCUGGGAGUUCCCCCCCUCCCUCGUCUUCAGGAGAAUGGACUCCUUCCUGCACAGGCUGAAGACCAUCGAGGAGCUGUACGAGAUAUCCAUCGAGUUCCUGAAGCUGGAGAAAGCAGAGAUGGGUGGAGCGAGAGGGAACAUCCUUGGGAGCCAAGUGUUUCAGAUCUACGAAGAGGUCUCUGAGCUCGUGAGGGGAUUUGCCGACUGCAAGUAUGAUCCCUUAGAUCCUGCAGAAGAGCAAUUGGACAAGGAUUUUGCAGAGUUCCAGAGCAAGAUCCAGGACUUGGAUAGGCGGCUGGCCACCAUCCUCUGCCAGGGGUUUGAUGACUGCAACAGCCUGGCCUCAGCAGUGAAGCUGGUGCACAUGUUCUCCUCCCUGCUGGACCGGCCCCUGAUAAAGGCUGAGGUUUCCCCCUACUACUCAUCCCUGCUGGCCGCGUUCAGCGCCGAGCUGGACGCGGUGAAGGUUCUGUAUGACACCCAGAUCGCUCUGGCACGGGCUGGUGGCGGCGCCCUCCCCGCGCACACCAACAUGCCGCCGGUGGCCGGGCAGCUGCAGUGGUCCCUGGAGCUGCAGCAGAGGCUGGAGGGGCCGCACCGGGAGCUCUUCGCCAUCAACCACCCGUGCGUGAGGCUCGGCACUGCUCCACGGGCUCUGUGCGGGGCCGGGCAGGGCGCAGCCCCGGUGCCCCUCCUGCAGCCUGCUGCGGCAGCCGGUGCUUUGCGGUGCCCCCACAGCGCCUUGAGCAGUGCCGAAGCCGAGCUGGUGUCCAGGAAGUUCGAGGAAAUGAUCGCGCUGCUGCAGGGCUACCGGGAGGAGACCUACGGGCGGUGGAUGAGCGGCGUGGACGAGGGCUGCCGCUUCAACCUGGAGCAGCCCCUGAUCUUCAGGGACCCCUCCAGCUCCCUCAUCAGCGUCAACUUCAGCAGGAAGCUCGCCGCCAUCCUGCGGGAGGUGAAGUACCUGAACUUCCAGCAGCAGAAGGAUAUUCCAGGCAGUGCCGAGAGCCUCUUCGCUCAGAAUAAGACUUUCCAAAAGUUUGUGGAUAAUCUGGAGCUCAUCACUGGCUGGUACAACAAGGUGAAGCUGACAGUGCUGCCGGUGGAGAUCCCGCUGGUGACAGAGGAGCUGGAGGACAUCGACAGGCGUCUGAGCACUGCGGAGCAAACCCUGUUUUGGCACCACGAAGGUGUCAUGGAAUACAUUCAGGAGAUGAGAGAUAUCUUGUAUGCCUUAAACAGCCGAGUCCAGAGAACAAAGUUAAACGUGGAAAGUGUCAAGCAGCUGAUGGAGGAGUGCUCAGCCACUCCCAUGUUUGAAAGGAAAGACCACAAGGAGACGGCGCUCCUGGACCUGGACGGGAGGGCGAGCAACGUGAGCAAGCGCUACGCUGCCAUUCGGGCAGCAGGCAACAGGAUCGAGGCCAUGGUGAAGGAGAAUGCAGACCUGUUCAAGGCCGAUACAUCAUCGCAGAUAUGGCAGAACUACGUAGAAUAUAUACACAAAAUAGUGUUGGAUGGAUUCAACAGACUUACUCACAAAUCCUUAGAGCUGCUGCUCACCAACAUGGUCCCUGAUGACAACGUGGCCCCGUUGUUCGAGGUGCACAUGGAUCUGUGUGACAGCAGAGUGGGGUUCCGUCCGUCCCUGGAGAUGUUAGAUGACAACAGCUUCUUGGAGCUGGUGGAAAACCUUCUCAGCGACAUCUACGGAGCCGCAGAGUGCAUGCCCCUCCUGCUGGAGGGCAAACUGAGCUACAAGACCGAGCUGGAGGAGCAUGGGGAGCUCAGCAGGAUGCGGGAGGAGGUGGUGACGCUGGUGGUCAACGCCAUGAAGGAAGGCGAGGAGUACAGUGCCAGCUUUGAGGAGCACUCCCAGCUGUGGCUGGAGGACCCCGAGGAGUUCCUGCAGCGCUUCCUCACCUCUCGCCGUGCCUCCAGCCCUGGGGAGCCAGAGGAGCCCCCUCCCCACGGGCCCCCGCCCCUGCAGCUCUUCAAGCAGGAGGUACCGGGGGGGUCUCCAGGGGGCACGCAGUGCCCAUGGAGGUUCUGGAUGCCCGGUGACCACCAGCCGUGGGCUGCAACCAUCUCUCAUCCCCAGAUUGAUUCGUGCGAGGCGCUGUGUGAGGAGGUGUCGGGGUUCGCCAACACCUGCGUGUUCGGGGGGUGGCUGCAGAGCGACUGCCGCCCCUUCAAGCAGGCGCUGCUGAGCGCUAUCAGGAGACGUGAGCUGGUGCUCAAGCAGUACCUCACCAACCUCGUCACAACCAGCCUGCAGGAGCUCGAAGGCUUCAUCAAAGAAGCCACUGCUGGCCUGACUAAGCCUGUGGAAGAGGGAGACUACGAUGGGCUGGUGGAGGUGAUGGGGCACUUGAUGAGGGUAAAGGACAGGCAGGCCACCACCGACGGCAUGUUCGAGCCCCUGAAGGAGACGAUUGCGCUGCUCAGCACCUACGGAGAGGAGAUGCCCGAGGAGAUCCACCUGCAGCUCCAGGAGCUCCCCGAGCACUGGGACAACACCAAGAAGCUCUCCUUCCGCGUGAAGCAGAACGUGGCACCCCUGCAGACAAACGAGGUCAACAUCAUCCGCAGGAAGUGCCAGCAAUUCGAGGUCCAGCAGCAGGCCUUCAGGGAGAAGUUCCGGGAAAAAGCCCCGUUUUUGUACACUGACCCGAACCCCUACAAAUCCCUGAACAAGCAACAGAAAAGCAUCGCCGCCAUGGAGAGCGAGCUGGCUGCCCUGUCCAAGUCAGCCGGGCUGUUUGAAGUGGCAGUGCCGGAGUACAAACAGCUCAAAGCUUGCCACAGGGAAGUGCGUUUGCUGAAGCAGCUCUGGGACAUGAUCGUCCUGGUUAACACCAGCAUUGAUGACUGGAAGACCACCAAGUGGAAGGAUAUCAACGUUGAGCAGAUGGAUAUUGACUGCAAGAAGUUCUCUAAAGACAUUCGGAGCCUGGAUAAGGAGAUGAGAAGCUGGGACGCGUUCACAGGGCUGGACAGCAGCAUGAAGAACAUGAUCACAUCCCUGCGCGCCGUGAACGAGCUGCAGAACCCGGCCAUCAGGGACCGGCACUGGCACGAGCUGAUGCAGGCAACCAAGGUGAACUUCACCAUGUCUGAGGACACAACCCUCGCGGAUCUGCUGCAGCUGAACCUGCACAAGUUCGAGGAUGAGGUUCGUGGCAUCGUGGACAAAGCUGUGAAAGAAUCAGGGAUGGAGAAGGUGCUGAGCACCCUGAACACCACCUGGGCCACGAUGCAGUUCGAACACGAGCCCCACCCCAGGACCGGCGUCAUGCUGCUCAAGUCAGACGAGGCGCUCAUCGAGACGCUGGAGGACAACCAAGUGCAGCUGCAGAACCUGAUGACGUCCAAGUACCUGGCCUUCUUCCUUCAGGAGGUGUCGGGCUGGCAGCAGAAGCUGUCGACCACCGACUCCGUUAUCAGCAUCUGGUUCGAGGUGCAGCGGACGUGGUGUCACCUGGAGAGCAUCUUCAUUGGCUCUGAAGACAUCCGCAGCCAGCUGCCAGAGGACUCCAAGCAGUUCGAUUCUAUCGAUCAGGAUUUCAAAGAAUUAAUGGCCGAUGCAGUAAAAACUCCCAACGUGAUUGAAGCUACCAACAAACCUGGGCUCUACAACAAGCUGGAAGCACUGCAGAAAAGACUGGCCAUCUGUGAGAAGGCUUUGGCUGAGUACCUGGAGACAAAACGCCUGGCCUUCCCUAGAUUCUACUUCGUUUCCUCUGCAGACCUGCUUGACAUUUUGUCUAACGGAAACGAGCCCGUUGAGGUGUCCCGUCACCUGUCGAAGCUGUUUGACAGUCUUGCUAAACUGAAGUUCAAGAUGAGCCCUGACAAGAAGCCCCUGAAGGCUGCCCUGGGGAUGUUCAGCAAGGAAGAGGAGUACGUGCCUCUGGACCAGGAGUGCGACUUAUCCGGGCAGGUUGAGGUGUGGCUGAACCGCGUGCUGGCGAGCAUGCGCUCCACGCUGCGGCACCUGAUCCCCGAGGCCGUGGUGACCUACGAGGAGAAGCCGCGGGAGCAGUGGGUGUUCGACUACCCGGCACAGGUUGCUCUGACAUGCACCCAGAUCUGGUGGACCACAGAAGUUGGCAUUGCCUUUGCAAGGCUGGAGGAAGGCUAUGAAAAUGCAAUUAAGGAUUAUAACAAAAAGCAGAUCACUCAGCUGAAUGCACUGAUUUCACUCCUCAUUGGAAACCUGACUGCAGGAGACAGAAUGAAGAUCAUGACGAUCUGUACCAUAGACGUGCACGCCAGGGACGUGGUGGCCAAAAUGAUCGUCGCGAAGGUGGAGAGCGCGCAGGCGUUCACCUGGCAGUCGCAGCUGCGGCACCGCUGGGACGAGGGCAGGAUGCACUGCUACGCCAACAUCUGCGACGCGCAGCUGCAGUACUCCUACGAGUACCUGGGGAACACCCCGCGGCUGGUCAUCACCCCGCUGACCGACCGGUGCUACAUCACCCUGACGCAGUCCCUGCACCUCUACAUGGGGGGGGCCCCCGCCGGCCCCGCGGGCACUGGGAAAACAGAGACCACCAAGGACCUGGGCCGGGCGGUGGGCAUGAUGGUCUACGUCUUCAACUGCUCCGAGCAGAUGGACUACAAGUCCUGUGGCAACAUCUACAAAGGGCUGGCUCAGACCGGAGCCUGGGGCUGUUUCGAUGAAUUCAAUCGCAUCGCGGUGGAGGUGCUGUCGGUGAUUGCUGUGCAGGUGAAAUGCGUCCAAGAUGCGAUUCGUGCCAAAAAGAAAACAUUCAAUUUUCUUGGAGAGACAAUAGCGCUGGUGCCGUCGGUCGGACUGUUCAUCACGAUGAACCCUGGCUACGCGGGGCGCACAGAACUGCCUGAGAACUUAAAAGCUCUGUUCAGACCCUGUGCCAUGGUUGUCCCAGACUUUGAGCUUAUCUGCGAAAUCAUGCUGGUUGCAGAAGGUUUUAUGGACGCCAAGCUUCUAGCAAGAAAGUUCAUUACUUUGUACACACUCUGCAAGGAGCUGCUCUCUAAGCAGGACCACUACGACUGGGGCCUGCGGGCUAUCAAGUCCGUGCUGGUGGUAGCGGGCUCCUUGAAGAGGGGGGACCCCGGCCGCGCUGAGGACCAGGUUCUGAUGAGAGCUUUGCGAGACUUCAACAUCCCCAAGAUCGUAACGGACGACCUGCCCGUGUUCAUGGGGCUGAUCGGAGACCUGUUCCCUGCUCUGGACGUCCCCAGGAAGAGGGAUCUGAACUUUGAGAAGAUCAUUAAGCAGUCCGUGCUGGAGCUGAAGCUGCAGGCGGAGGAGAGCUUCGUGCUGAAGGUGGUGCAGCUGGAGGAGCUGCUGCAAGUGAGGCACUCCGUCUUCGUCAUCGGCAACGCCGGCUGCGGCAAGUCCCAGGUGCUGAGGUCGCUCAACAAGACUUACCGCAACAUGAAGCAGAAGCCGGUCACUGUGGACCUCGACCCAAAAGCUGUGACCUGCGAUGAGCUGUUUGGGAUUAUUCACCCAGCUACACGGGAGUGGAAGGACGGGCUCUUCUCUUCCACGAUGCGUGACCUGGCCAACAUCACGCAUAAGGGGCCCAAGUGGAUCAUCCUCGAUGGAGACAUCGACCCCAUGUGGAUCGAGUCCCUGAACACGGUCAUGGAUGACAAUAAGGUUCUCACCUUGGCCAGCAAUGAGCGCAUCCCCCUCAACCCCACCAUGCGGCUGCUCUUUGAGAUCAGCCACCUGCGCACCGCCACGCCGGCCACGGUGUCCCGGGCAGGAAUCCUCUACAUCAACCCCGCGGACCUGGGCUGGAACCCCGUUGUGACCAGCUGGAUCGAGAAGAGGACCGUGCAGUCCGAGAAGGCCAAUCUGACCAUCCUGUUCGACAAGUACCUGCCCGUGUGUCUCGAAAAGCUCAAGUUUGGGUUCAAGAAGAUCACCCCCAUCCCUGAGAUCACGGUGAUACAGAUGAUCCUGUACCUGCUGGAGUGCCUCCUGACGCCGCAGAACACCCCGCCGGACUCUCCCCGGGAGCUGUACGAGCUCUACUUUGUUUUCGCCUGCACCUGGGCCUUCGGCGGGGCCAUGUUCCAGGACCAGCUCGUGGAUUACCGUGUGGAGUUCAGCAAGUGGUGGGUGAACGAGUUCAAAACCAUCAAGUUUCCUUCUCAGGGGACAAUUUUUGACUAUUACAUUGAUUCGGAAACAAAGAAAUUCAUGCCGUGGACUGAAAAAGUGCCAACGUUCAGACUCGAUCCUGAAGUCCCUCUGCAGGCCUCCAUGGUGCACACGACGGAGACCAUUCGCAUUCGGUACUUCAUGGACAUGCUGAUGGAGAAGCAGUGGCCGGUGAUGCUGGUGGGGAACGCGGGGACGGGGAAAUCGGUGCUGAUGUGGGACAAGCUGGAGGCACUCAGCACAGACGAGUACCUCGUGCAGUCCGUGCCCUUUAACUUCUACACCACCUCGGCCAUGCUGCAGGCCAUCCUGGAGAAGCCCCUGGAGAAAAAAUCGGGGAGGAACUACGGUCCGCCGGGGACCAAGAGGCUCAUCUACUUCAUCGAUGACAUGAACAUGCCCGAGGUAGACAAGUACGGCACCGUGGCACCGCACACGCUCAUCCGGCAGCACAUGGACCACGGGCACUGGUACGACAGGAACAAACUGACCCUGAAGGACAUCCACAACUGCCAGUACGUGGCCUGCAUGAACCCCACCGCGGGGUCCUUUACCAUCGACUCCAGGCUGCAGCGACACUUCUGCGUCUUCGCUGUGAGCUUCCCCGGCCACGAAGCGCUGCUGACCAUUUACAGCGCCAUCCUCACGCAGCACCUGGCCCUGCAGAAGGUGCCGCUGGCGGUGCAGAGGCUGCAGACCCAGCUGGUGGCGGCAGCGCUGGCCCUGCACCAGCGGGUCACCUCCACCUUCCUGCCCACGGCCAUCAAGUUCCACUACCUCUUCAACCUUCGGGACCUCUCCAACAUAUUCCAGGGCUUGCUGUUCUCCACCCCCGAAUGCCUGAAGAGCCCCAUUGACCUGGUGCGGCUCUGGCUCCACGAAGCCGAGCGGGUCUAUGGAGACAAGCUCAUUGAUGAAAAGGAUCAAAAAACCUUUGGAAAAAUGCUAACCGACACCUGUAAAAAAUUCUUUGAUGACCUCAGCGAGGAUCUGGUGUUCGCCAAGCCCAACAUCUACUGCCACUUCGCCCAGGGCAUCGGGGAGCCCAAGUACCUGCCGGUGCCAAGCUGGCCGUCGCUGAACAAGCUGCUGGGAGAAGCCCUGGACAACUACAACGAGGUCAACGCCGUGAUGAAUUUGGUGCUCUUUGAAGACGCGGUGUCUCAUAUUUGCAGAAUUAGUCGGAUCUUAGAGUCUCCCCGAGGGAAUGCGCUGCUGGUGGGAGUAGGAGGCAGCGGGAAGCAAAGCCUUUCGCGGCUAGCAGCUUACAUUAGCUCUCUAGAUGUGUUUCAGAUAACGCUGAGGAAGGGAUACGGCAUCCCAGACCUUAAGCUGGACCUCGCCUCCCAGUACAUCAAGGCAGCUGUGAAGAACAUCCCCACCGUGUUCCUGAUGACGGACUCCCAAGUUGCCGAGGAAUCGUUCUUGGUCCUAAUCAAUGACUUCUUGGCAUCCGGGGAGGUGCCGGGGCUUUUUCAGGACGAUGAACUGGAAAACAUUAUCAGUGCCAUGAGGCCGCAAGUGAAGUUUCUCGGAUUGCAAGACUCAAGGGAAAACUGCUGGAAAUUAUUUAUAGAAAAAGUCAGGCGUCAGUUAAAGGUGAUCCUGUGCUUCUCCCCCGUGGGCUCCACACUGCGGGUGCGGGCGAGGAGGUUCCCGGCCGUGGUCAACUGCACAGCCAUCGACUGGUUCCACGAGUGGCCCGAGGAUGCCCUGGUGUCCGUCAGCAGCAGGUUCCUGGAGGAAACGGGGGACAUCGAGCCCGAGGUCAAGGUCUCCAUCAGCCAGUUCAUGUCCUACGUCCACACAAGCGUCAAGGAGAUGUCCCAGAUCUACCUGGCCACCGAGAGGCGCUACAAUUACACCACGCCAAAAACCUUCCUGGAGCAGAUCAAGCUCUACCAAAACCUGCUCGCUAAAAAGAGGAGUGAGCUCAUUGCCAAGAUCGAGCGGCUGGAGAACGGCUUGACGAAGCUGCAGAGCACAGCAUCACAGGUGGAUGACCUGAAAGCCACACUGGCGAUCCAGGAGGCAGAACUGAAGCAGAAGAAUGAGGACGCAGACAAACUGAUCCACGUGGUGGGCGUUGAAACAGAGAAGGUCAGCAAGGAGAAAGCCAUCGCUGAUGAGGAGGAGCUGAAGGUCCAGGCCAUCAACACGAACGUGGCUGAAAAGCAGCGAGCCUGCGAGACCGACCUGGCGAAGGCAGAGCCCGCGCUCAUCGCCGCCCAGGAGGCGCUCAACACCCUCAACAAGAACAACCUGACAGAGCUGAAGUCCUUCGGGUCCCCACCACAAGCGGUGGUGAAUGUCACGGCAGCCGUGAUGAUCCUGACAGCGCCCAACGGCAAGAUACCCAAGGAUAAGAGCUGGAAGGCGGCAAAGGUCAUGAUGGGAAAGGUGGACACCUUCCUUGAUGCCUUGAAGAAGUUUGACAAGGAGCACAUCCCGGAGGCGUGCCUCAAGGCGUUCCAGCCCUACCAGUCGGACCCCAGCUUUGACCCGGAGUUCAUAAUGUCAAAGUCGACGGCCGCGGCAGGGCUGUGCUCCUGGUGUUUAAACAUCGUCCGCUUCUACGAGGUGUACUGUGACGUGGAGCCCAAGCGGCAGGCGCUCGAGGAAGCAAACGCAGAGCUGGCAGAGGCGCAAGAAAAACUCAGUCGCAUUAAGCACAAGAUCGCAGACCUGAAUGCCAACUUGGCAACUCUCACUGCACAAUUUGAGAAAGCUACGGCCGAGAAAAUCAAAUGUCAGCAAGAGGCUGAUGCAACUAACAGAGUCAUCACGCUGGCCAACAGGCUCAUUGGGGGGCUGGCGUCCGAAAACGUUCGCUGGGCUGAGUCGGUGGAGAUGUUCAGAGAGCAGGAGAAGACGCUGUGCGGGGACGUGCUGCUCAUCUCCGCCUUCGUGUCCUACGUCGGCUACUUCACCAAGAAGUACAGGGCCGAGCUGAUGGAGAAGUACUGGAUCCCCUACCUCGAGGCGCUGAAGGUGCCCAUCCCCACCACCCCGGGGCUGGACCCCCUCAGCCUCCUCACCGAUGCUGCCGACGUGGCUGCGUGGAGCAACCAGGGGCUGCCCAGCGACCGCACGUCCACCGAGAACGCCACCAUCCUCUGCAACACCCAGCGGUGGCCGCUGGUCGUGGACGCCCAGCUGCAGGGCAUCAAGUGGAUCAAGAACAAAUACGGGGGGGAGCUGAAAGCCAUCCGGCUGGGCCAGAGGAGCUACCUGGACACCAUCGAGCAGGCGGUUUCUGAGGGACACACACUGCUGAUCGAGGACAUCGGUGAGACCGUGGAGCCGGUGCUGGACCACCUGCUGGGCAGGAACACCAUCAAGAAGGGCAGAUACAUUAAGAUAGGCGAUAAAGAAGUGGAAUAUCACCCGCGCUUCCGCCUGAUCCUGCACACCAAGUACUUCAACCCCCACUACAAGCCCGAGAUGCAGGCGCAGUGCACCCUGAUCAACUUCUUGGUGACCCGCGAGGGGCUGGAGGACCAGCUGCUGGCCGCCGUGGUGGCCAAGGAGCGCCCGGACCUGGAGGACCUGAAGGCAAAUCUCACAAAAAGCCAGAACGAGUUCAAGAUCAACCUGAAGGAGCUGGAGGACUCCCUGCUCGCCCGGCUCUCCGCCGCAUCAGGGAACUUCCUGGGGGACACCGCGCUGGUGGAGAACCUGGAGACAACGAAGCGCACGGCCAUGGAAAUCGAGGAGAAAGUGAAAGAAGCGAAAGUCACGGAGGGAGAAAUAAACAUUGCUAGGGAGAACUACAGGCCAGCGGCAGAAAGAGCAUCCCUGCUGUACUUCAUCCUGAGCGACCUCAACAAAAUCAACCCCAUCUACCAGUUCUCCCUAAAGGCCUUCAACGUGGUCUUUGAGAAAGCCAUUCAGCGAACGGCUCCGGCCGAGGACGUCAAGCAAAGGGUGAUCAACCUGACAGACGAGAUCACCUACUCCGUCUUCAUGUACACUGCACGGGGACUCUUUGAGAGAGACAAACUCAUUUUCCUGGCCCAGGUUGCCUUCCAGAUCCUGACCAUCAAGAAAGAAGUGAGCCCGCUGGAGCUAGACUUCCUCUUGCGCUUCCCUUUCAAGACCGGCAUUGCGUCCCCUGUGGAUUUCCUGCAGUCCCAGGGCUGGGGAGGCAUCAAGGCCCUCUCGGAAAUGGACGAGUUCAAGAACUUGGAUAGUGACAUCGAGGGCUCAGCAAAGCGAUGGAAAAAAUUUGUCGAGUCUGAGGUGCCCGAGAAGGAGGUGUUCCCGAAGGAGUGGAAGAACAAAACGGCGCUGCAGAAGCUGUGCAUGCUGCGCUGCAUGCGGCCGGACAGGAUGACCUACGCCGUCAGGAACUUCGUGGAAGAGAAGAUGGGCAGCAAGUUUGUGGAAGGAAGAAGCGUUGAGUUCUCCAAGUCAUACGAGGAGAGCAGCCCCUCCACCCCCGUGUUUUUCAUUCUCUCCCCUGGCGUCGACCCUCUGAAGGAUGUGGAAGCUCUGGGCAAGAAGCUGAACUUCACCAUCGACAACGGGAGGAUCCACAACGUCUCGCUGGGGCAGGGCCAGGAGGUGGUGGCAGAACGCGCGCUGGAGGUGGCGGCCGAGCAGGGGCACUGGGUCAUCCUGCAGAACAUCCACCUGGUGGCACGCUGGCUGGGCACGCUGGAGAAGCGUGUGGAGCAGCACGGCAUGGGCAGCCACGCCGACUACCGCGUCUUCAUGAGUGCCGAGCCGGCCCCCAGCCCCGAGGCGCACAUCAUCCCGCAGGGCCUGCUGGAGAACGCCAUCAAAAUCACCAACGAGCCGCCCACCGGCAUGUACGCCAACCUGCACAAAGCCCUCGACCUCUUCUCCCAGGACACGUUAGAGAUGUGCAGCAAAGAGAUUGAGUUCAAAUGCAUCCUGUUUGCACUCUGCUACUUCCACGCCGUGGUGGCAGAGCGGCGCAAGUUUGGUGCUCAGGGCUGGAACAGGUCUUACCCCUUCAAUAACGGUGACCUGACCAUAUCCAUUAACGUCCUGUACAACUACCUGGAGGCGAACCCAAAGGUCCCCUGGGAUGAUCUCCGGUACCUCUUCGGUGAAAUCAUGUACGGUGGGCACAUCACAGACGACUGGGACCGCCGGCUGUGUCGGACUUACCUGAGUGAAUACAUCAGCGUAGAGAUGCUGGACGGAGAACUGUACUUAGCGCCGGGCUUUCAGAUCCCUCCCAGCUUGGAUUACAAGGGCUACCACGAGUACAUCGAUGACAACCUGCCCCCAGAGAGCCCCUACUUGUACGGCCUUCACCCCAACGCAGAGAUCGGCUUCCUGACCGUCACCUCGGAGAGGCUUUUUCGGACAGUUUUAGAAAUGCAGCCCAAAGAGUCAGACGCUGGAGGAGGUGCUGGUGUCUCCCGAGAGGAAAAGGUGAAGUCAGUGCUAGACGAGAUCAUUGAGAAGCUGCCAGAGCCAUUCAACAUGAUGGAGAUCAUGGCUAAAGCCGAGGACAAGACGCCCUACGUGGUGGUUGCCUUCCAGGAAUGUGAAAGGAUGAACAUCUUGACCCACGAAAUCAGGCGCUCUCUGAAAGAAUUAGAUCUGGGACUAAAGGGAGAACUAACGAUUACAUCAGAUAUGGAAGAGCUGGCAACUGCUCUCUUCUACGACAACGUGCCCGAGUCGUGGACACGUUACGCCUACCCCUCUCUUCUUAGCUUAGGAGCCUGGUACGCAGACCUGCUCCUUCGCAUCAGGGAACUAGAAGUCUGGACAACGGACUUUGUGCUGCCUGCGACAGUGUGGCUGGCAGGAUUCUUCAAUCCCCAGUCUUUCCUCACUGCUAUCAUGCAGUCCAUGGCCAGAAAAAAUGAAUGGCCACUGGACAAGAUGUGCCUUUCAGUGGAAGUGACCAAGAAAAACCGUGAGGAUAUGACAGCUCCACCCAGAGAAGGCUCCUAUGUACAUGGAUUAUUCAUGGAAGGCGCUCGAUGGGACAUCCAGUCUGGGGCUAUCGCAGAUGCUCGGCUGAAGGAGUUGACGCCUAUGAUGCCAGUCAUCUUCAUCAGAGCCAUCCCUGUGGACCGCAUGGACACCAAGAACGUCUACGAAUGUCCUGUCUAUAAGACACGGAUGCGAGGUCCCACCUAUGUCUGGACCUUUAACCUAAAGACAAAAGAAAAAGCUGCCAAGUGGAUCCUUGCUGCUGUUGCCCUGCUCUUGCAGAUCUAAAACUGAGUGACUAUGGAAAAGAGCAGAUGCUUUUACUUGCCAAAAAUAACAACAAAGUUGUGUAACUGAGUUUGAUUGUACCAAUACUACUUUAGCAAAGUAUCAAUAAAAAUAGUGCUGGAACUGC